GCACCUGCUUUAGGUAGAUUACGGUGCUGGCGAAUCCUCUCCUCACCCUCACGUUGCCCGUGUGUAAAACUCAGACCCUGAGAUUAAAGACUGCUUCUUUUGGUGAGUGUGUGUGUGAGUGUGUGUGUGUGUGUGUGUGUGUGUGUGUGUGUGUGUGUGUGUGUGUGUGUGUGUGUUUGAGUGUGUGUGUGUGCGCGCGCGUGUGUGCGCUUGUGUGUGUGUGUGUGUGUGUGUGUGUGUGUGUGUGUGUGUGUGUGUGUGCGCGCGCGUGCGCGUGUGUGCGUGUGUGUGUGUAUCUGUGUCGGUGUCUGUCUGUGUGGAUGCAAUGGGAAGCAGCUCAUAAUCGUGGAGCUUUUCGCUUGAGUAAUUAAAGGAGCGUGGUGAAGAGGAGGGACUGUGGAGCAAGAGACCGUCUCCCAAGCAAAGAGAGAGAGAGAGAGAGAGAGAGAGAGAGAGAGAGAGAGAGAGUGAGGGGGGGGGGGAGAGAGAGAGAGAGAGAGAGCAGAUCUCUUUAAAAAACAAUGCAAUCCAAUCGUCCCAGGAGCAUGCUGCAAAUAGUGGAAAGAAAAUAUAUAAUAUAGGAAGAAAAUUGCAUCACACAUAACCCAGCACAAACAGAAAGAGAGACACCGCCACACACUCUACUGGAGGCUACUUUUAAAAGAGGGAAUCUUUGGAUUCCUCAACAUUUUCCCAUUGAUUUCUGAAGUCCUCAUGAUUCUGUGGCAUUGAAAAGGAGAGACAGAGAGAACCCAGCCCGCAGGUUUCACGCAGGUUUUAAGCCAUGAUGGUGGAGUCUGCAUCAGAGGCAAUACGAAGCACUUCAGCCAAUCAGAAUGGAGUUAGUAGUUUAAGUAGCCAGUCGGAUGGUGGAGGACGAGAAGGUAGUUCGAAUGGGGAUGCAAAUGGUGAAGUGAGUCCUGUGGACCUGUUGCAUUUGCAACAGCAGCAAGUUCAGGCCCUUCAAGCAGCGAGACAGCUUUUGCUUCAUCAGGCAACGGGCCUCAACUCUCCGACUACGAAUGAGAAGCAGCAGCAAACAGUUCAGGUGCCCGUAUCAGUCGCCAUGAUGAACCCGCAGGUGAUCACCCCGCAGCAGAUGCAGCAGAUCCUGUCCCCUCCCCAGCUGCAAGCCCUAUUGCAACAGCAGCAGGCCGUCAUGUUACAGCAGCUUCAGGAGUAUUACAAGAAGCAACAGGAACAAUUGCAUCUACAGCUGCUAACUCAACAGCAGCAACAGCAGCAACAGCAGCACCAACAACAGCAACAACAGCAGCAGCAAACUGUCAAGCAACCAAAAGAGCCGCUGGGAAGCAAACAGCUUGCCUUCCAGCAGCAGAUUCUUCAAAUGCAACAGCUUCAGCAGCAGCAUCUCCUGAACCUUCAACGGCAGGGCCUCGUGACACUGCAGCCUGGGCAGCCCACUGUCCCCCUACAGACCCUGGCACAAGCAAUGUGUCCAGCAGACUUCCAACAACUGUGGAAAGAAAUGACUGGUGUACAAAGCAUGGAGGACACGCCGAAGAGUGAAAGUCUCGACCUCUCAACCAACAGCUCUACGUCUAGCUCCUUCCUAGCCCCAAAGAUCUCACCAUCAAUACCCCACCAUUCCUUGCUGAAUGGGCAAAGUUCCAUCCACACUCCAAAGAGAGAAAGCUUGUCACAUGAAGAAGCCCCUGGUGUUCACCCUUUGUUUGGGCAUGGAGAAUGCAAGUGGCCCGGCUGUGAAGCUCUCUGCGAUGAUAUGGGACAAUUUCUAAAGCACCUCAACAAUGAACAUGCUCUUGAUGAUCGCAGUACAGCCCAGUGUCGAGUUCAGAUGCAGGUUGUCCAGCAACUUGAAAUUCAGCUGUCUAAGGAGACGGAACGUCUUCAAGCCAUGAUGGCUCACCUGCACAUGAGGCCAUCUGACCCAAAGCCUUUUGCCCAGCCUCUGAAUCUGGUCUCAAAUGUCACGCUUUCCAAGAGUACGUCAGACAUUUUCCCGGAAAGUUUACCUCACACGCCAACCUCAGCUGCCACGCCAAUCACCCCCAUAAGGCAAGGGCCCUCGGUAAUCAGCUCACCAAGUUUACACAAUAUGGGAGCCAUUAGACGGCGGCAUUCUGAUAAGUACUGCAUGCCGAUAUCUUCAGAGCUUGCCCAGAAUCAUGAAUUUUACAAGAAUGCUGAUGUUCGGCCACCCUUUACAUAUGCGUCCCUCAUCAGACAGGCAAUCUUGGAAGCUCCAGACAGACAGUUGACACUCAAUGAAAUUUAUAAUUGGUUUACAAGAAUGUUUGCAUACUUCCGGAGAAACACAGCCACGUGGAAGAAUGCUGUGCGUCACAACCUCAGUCUUCACAAGUGUUUUGUACGAGUGGAGAACGUAAAAGGGGCGGUCUGGACGGUUGAUGAACUAGAGUACCAAAAGAGAAGGCCACCAAAGAUGACUGGAAGUCCAACCUUAGUUAAGAAUGUGAUUACAGGACUUGGAUAUGGUGGAGCACUUAACUCAAGCUACCAGGCAGCUUUGGCUGAAAGCAACAUGCAGCUGCUCAACAGCCCGACCUUAAUGAACACAUCAGCUAGCGGCCUGAUGCACGUGGGUCACGAUGAUGUCAGCAGCACUGUGGAGCAAGUGAACAGCAAUGGAAGCAGCAGUCCAGGGCUCUCCCCUCAACAGCACGGACACCAAGUGCACAUCAAGGAAGAGCCGGCAGAGCUGGAGGAGGACGACCCGCCUGUCUCUCUCAUCGCAGCAGCCAAUGUGAAUUCAGAAAUGCAGGAAGCUAGAGAGAUGGAGGAGGAGCUAACAACAGAAGAAUUGGAAUAGAACGGAACUCGAGCACUUCAAGUCAUUAAAAAAAAGAUAAAAACGAAACAGGGUCAGACCUCUCACCUGCACAUCCACCCAACAACAACUCCUGGUCCUGACUCAUCUGGACUGAGGGAUGAAGCUAAGGAUCCAGCUCCUCAAUGCCAACAUAUACUCAAAGUCUCCAACAGCAAUUCUGAUUGUCCUCUAAUAAUGGAGCUAUGGAACACAAACCAAUUUGUUGGGUGUAGAUUGAACGGCUCCAAAUUUUUGAAGUGAAGCUGAUGACUAUUAUUUUCUUCCUUUUCUUCCCAAAUGUUUUGCCGCUAAUACAGAGAUGGCUACUAGUCUUCUGAACUGGCAGGUAGUCACCACAGGCCUGUGAUGUGAAUAAUGUUGCUUAUUCAUCAUUAGGGCCAAAAAAAAACAGACAUUUUCAACCUGCUUUAAAGGUACCUCAAUUUGAAUAUUUUCUAUUCAAUGCUGUAGAUAGCUCAACAGGCACAUUGUAUUUAUGCAGAGGGUAACUGCAGAACUGUUUGUGGGAUAUCUGAACCCACUCAAUUGAGUUAACAUCUGAGGAGAUCCAAAUGAACGAUCCACCCAGGACAGCGUUAAUGUCUUUAAACUUCCACUGCUAUUUUAGCUUUUGUGUUUAUAUCGGGUCAGGGUAAUAGGGUGGGGCGGGAGGGUGGUGAGCAACAAUGUGUCUUGGAAGGGGAGGGCAGAGAAAAUGAUGAACCCUUUAAAACUUUCCUACUUAAACGUUAUGUUGUAAAUGAUUGAAGAUCAGAUUCUGUUGACGGAGACCUAAUCAAAGGUACAACUGCAGAGAAAAUGCUUAGAGAACCAAGUGGACAAGGGAUGACUUCAUUUUUCCAGGCACAAGGUUCUAAAACUGAACUCUUUUUUUCUAUAUAUCAAACCCAUGAAGGUUUAAGGGCAGUAUAUAAAUCUACUUAAGUAUUCAAAACUUUGAAUGGAAGGGAAAAUAUGUCUUCUGUUGGUUCUGUCUGAGCUUUGUCGUCAUUCCUCCCACUCAAACAGACUGAUACUUUUCUUUGUACCAGAGGGUCCAGGAUUAUUGGUAUUUGAGCCCACUGAUAAACUCAUGCAAAACAAAUGGACAACUGAAUUAAUGCUAGAGGGCAGACUGGACAUGUGGACUUACAAAGAGCAGGCGAAGAAAGCAGAAGGGAGGACUGGUAGAAGGACUCAGUAAGGGAAAGAAAGGGAAGGGAGAGAAAGGAUAGGCAGGAGUAGAUAUGACAGAGGGUGGGGUUGAUGGAACAUAUUUGGAAAGACUAAUUAGGAGGGUGGGAGGGAAAAGAUGCUUAUUGAUAAUUUUUCAACCAACCUCAACAAAAUCACAGGUAAUGCUACUUUGAAAAGAUCUUGAUGAACCAAAUUUCCCAAAUAAUGAUUAUAAUAUCACCCAGUUGUAGCUUUUGCUCAUUCAUUUCCUUGUACCGAAAUCAGCAUUUAUUACUUAAUUAAUGCAAAUGCACCGAGCAAUUUCUAUCACCAAACAGAAAUAUGACAUAUUUGCAGUAUUUCUCCGUGGCAUGAUGCAGAUUGGGCAAUGCAAAAAUUAUGUUUUCUACAAGGACAGGUCACAAGUGAGAACAGGUGAAUCAUCAGGAAACCUACAAUUCUUCCCAUUGACAUAAUCAACAUAGAUUUUACAGGUUAUUUUUCCUCAGUCAGUAAUAUGCCAAGGCAAGAAAGAAGACACAACAGUGGUGGGAUGGGGAGAGUCAUGUUACCCGGAGCAGAGUGAUAGAUGUGGGGGUAAGGACUGUAAACAGGAUGGAACAUUACUACCUAGUUUCUUCCAAUGGAAAAUAAUGAAAGAAGUCGCACAAAGCUAACCCUUUUUACAAAACAAUAUCAGGAAUGCAUCUACUUGUUCAGAAAGUGGACCUUUGCAUUCAUGUUUCUGGGUUGUUGGAAUGCUUGUGUAACUAAUUCCUAGAACGGAAUGCUAGGUUAAAGGUGGAUGAGCCAAUGCUCCAGACCAGGCAGCACUUGAUUCUUCAUUUAGAUUAGUGUGACUGACUGGCAUUGUUGUGAAGUUUAUGACCAACAGGACGUGUCAAAGCCAGGGUAAUCCAGAUCAGCCAGAAUGGAAUAUGUGUCUAAUUCCUGGGCUUCACCACAAAUUCCACGUGGUUGAUGCUCAGAAUGGAAGCCAUCUCACUCUCCUCCCAACCAUCUCAACUGCAAGUAUUUGGCAUCUCACCACGGGACUCUGCCAGAAAUGGUACUAAGACCAUAAGAUAAAGGGGCAGAAUUAGAUCAUUUAGCCCAUCACAUCUGCUCCUCCAUUCCAUCAUGGCUGAUUUAUCUUUCCUCUCAACCCCAUUCCCCUGCCUUCCCCCUGUAAUCUUUGGCGCACUUACUAAUCAAAAACCCACCAAACUCCACCUUACGUAUACCUAAUAACUCAGCCUUCACAGCCAUCUGUGGCAAUGAAUUCCACAGAUUCACCACCCUUUGGCUAAAAAGAAAUCUUUGUUCUAAAGGAACAUCCAUCUAUCUGAGACUGUAUGCUUUGGUCCUAGGCUCCCCACUAUUGGAAAUGCCCACUCUGUGUAGGCCUAAGCAUUGUUUUCUCUCUAAGUGAAGUAGUGGAAAGCAGGAUUUCGGUAAGCAGGAUUCUUCACAUAGAAAUUCGAAAGAGCCAAAUGCAACUGAAGCCCAGACUUGCGUUGAUUUGUUUCUCUGACCAAGCACGAUGUUUGAAAGCAGUAUCACUGCACACUGCGAACGAGAAGUACAAUUCCAUAGGAUGAUCUUAAAGAGUUCCUGAGAAGGGUCUGUGAGCAUGAAGCGACUGAGAUUCCAGCACAUGGUGAAAAGUUAUAGUACAGCUACUGUGAUAUACCGAAUAUUCACAAACAGAAAAUCCAGCAUGUCACUCUGUGUCUUAUUCCAUGUACAGAAGAAGCUAGAGGGAUGGGAGGGAGAAAGUAUUGGUAGAAAUAGGGGAUGGCAUGGUAGCAUAGUGCUUAGCACAACACUUUACAUUACAGGCAACCUGGGUUCAAUUCCCACUGCUGCCUGUAAGGAGUUUAUACAUUACCCCCUUCCCCCCAUGACUGUGUCGACUUCUUCAGGGUGCUUCACUUUCCUCCCACAUUUCCAAAAAUGUGCUGGUUAAUAGCUUAAUUGGUCAUUGUAAAUUGUCCCAUGAUUAGGUUAAGGUUAAAUCAGGGGUUGCUGGGUGGUACGGCUUAAAGGGUCAGGCGGGCAGGAAAAAAAAGCUUCAAUUAAAUACCACCUCAGAAUAUUCCCAAAGUGAUUUACAACCAAUGAAGUAGCUUUUGAAUUUUUUUGAAUUUUAGCCACUAGUGUAAUAUAAGAAUCAUGGCAGUAACUUUAAUGCACCAAACUGAAAAUUGAGUUUCUGCUGGUGAGCGGGUGAUCUGUUUCAGUGAUGUAGUUGAGGGAAUGCAGGGGAGUCAAUGGUCUUGAGUGAACUGAUUUACACAAGAUAUGAUAUUGUCAAGUUACCACUUAACUGAGUUACUAUCUGGUCACUGCUCAAAGUGAAAUUCUAAAUAUCCUUAUUUUAAAAAUGGAUCUAAUGCUAUUACACUUGUGUAACAGAAGAACCUUUGCUACCCUAUCUCCAAAUAUUUGAAUUGAUCAAUUGGUCUAUUGACUCAAUCUCCUGGUCAACCAAUAGUAUGCGAACAAAAAGUUACCUCAGCUUUAUUCUGUUCAGCUGGUUCUGCCAAUAAGAUCCUGGUGUCCGGUUCUCACAUCACUCAAACAUCUUUCUAUGAAUACAGUGAGGAAGAAGCUUGUUGACCGUACAGAGCUGAUUACUGUUCUGCAUAUGAGUUGAUAACACAGCCUUCCAUUGCCCCCAUUAAGUAUCAAAGUUAGAUGUAGAAAGGUUGAAAAGGAGUUUUAUGUUUACUGUUGUGCAAAGUUCUCCAGGCCCCUUGUUGAAAGAAUGGAACGAGACAGAUUGGAACAGGGCCGACAACAUAUUUAACAUUCUGCUAUGCCUUGGGUGUCCUAUGAACCUAUUUUACUUCAGUAAUGAAGGUCCACCAAGGUGGAACUUUUCCUAGACUCUUAAUUUGUUCUUCUGUCUUCUAACUGUCAGAUAAUUUACACCACUGACACGAAAAGAUCCUGGAACUCUGAUUUAUCUAGCAGAAGAGGAGGUAGAGCUAAGAACAGCCUUUUUCCAAUUCUACAAGCUCCACAAAGUCAAAGGGAAUGGGAGAAAUGAACAGAAGCAGAUUUAAGCUAUAAGGAAUUAAGGGCCAGACUGCAAGGGCACAAGACUAUUUUGUGACCCAGAAGCGAGCAACUGGAGAUUCCCCAGUUGCAUGGCAUCCAAUAAAACUCUGGAUAUACAAGUUAUAAAUCUUGGGCUUUCUUUACCUUCAGAUGGAGGCAGUUAAAGAUUAAUUGUUUCCAUGACAUUUUGAAACAAGGAGGGAAAAAUUGAAAUAUUAUGAGGCAUUAGAGUUUCCACGACAACACCAUUAGCAUUGCUGAGUAAAAAAGGUCAUUUAUAUCAUAGAAAGUGGAAUCAUGAAUAAUGUAAUGACCACUAAUUAAUUAUCAAUCCUGAUAUAUUGCACAUCACAAACCAUCAUAAUCCUGGAACACAUAAAAGAUUAUAACCACUGUAUCAUACAUGUCAAAAUAUCCUUAUUUCUUUCUGUGUUAUAAUUAACUUUAUUUAAAAGAGUGUAUCAUUUUCAGAAAUCCUGGAAGUCUGCAGAAAUUGUAUUCCUGGCUCAUGGUCUCUUGUUUGGGGUGUCUCGGAUUCUCUUUGCUUUGCUUUUUCCCAAAAUAUCCAGAGGAUUUAAAUCUAAUUGAUAGAUAGGAAAUUCAUCAGCUUAAAUGGACCACUUAUUGUAGCUGUCCAAGGUCAGUUCCUAGAUGGACUUGACUGAUGAAUCCAUAGUUUUGUGGUUGAAGUGGAUUGGCAGAGACCAGCAGAAAAUGGGAGAGUAGCUGGGAGUUAGAAUCACUGGAAUGGUUUUCGAUCGAGAAUUUUAUUGUUGAUUCUCGGGACUUACACCUGUCAUGAGUACAGUACAGGGAAGUGACAAAAUCUUCAAGCAUUUAACAGAUCUCACACUCAGCACAAGGUGGAGUACGGGAGUUGUUUCUAUUAGUGCCAGUCUUGAAUGAGGGAGUCAAAAUUACAAGAUAAGAAGGCAGUUAUUCGUCGUCACUUUGCGUUGUAAAUCUGUGCAAUUCUCCAUCUUGGAGCUUUGUAGAUGCUAAGUUACUGGAGGUAUUUGAAGAGGAGGCAGGGAAAUUUUGAAAAAGUCAGAGAAUUUGGGCAUCGACUCAGGAGAUGAGUUUGGGCCUGGGGGAGAACAGCAGUGAUCAUAUUGAAUGGAAGAGUGGGCCAAAUGGCCUACACUUGAUCCAAUUUUCUUGCAGCGUUUGACCUUCUACAUCUUAAUGGGAUCGUAGAAUGUUCUCUAACAUUGCAAUAUAGGAACAGGUGUAAUCACUCAGCCUCAUGAAGUUGUUGAACCUUUCAAGGAAUUGUCCUCUUAAAAGAAAGAAGCCAUUUCAUAGGUUGGGAGUGAAAUAAUUAUCAAGGAGGCAUGGGGGCCAAUUUUAGUUUAGCACAUACUGUAAUGCAAAGCAAUCAAUGUCUGAGAGAAAAGCUUGGGUUAAACUCACGCCCAGAUUCUCAUUAAAAAUCAGGGCUCAAAAUUAAUCCCUCACCAGUGGUCCAAGAGGCAUCAUCAUCUAUCUGGUGCUUGAUAAUAAUUUACAAUGCAGUUGUGGUAUAGAAAUGAGGCACUCAGCACAAUGGGUCCAUGCCAGUAUUUGCAGAAUUCCACCUAAUGGAUUAAAUCCAAGGUGGCAUAUAUAACAAGCAUCCAAAUCAAUGCCACAUGUUUUGUACCACCGGCAAAAGCAAAUUUCUUCCCCAUGGAUUUCCAUCCUUUCCCAUCUGGCAUGCAGGUGAAGGGUCAGACCACCGUCUCUAUUUUACCUGCCUGAUCUUGAGCUUGAUUGAAAUUUGUGCUAAGUAAAAUCGGAGAGGGGUAAACAGACAAUUGAUUCAAAUUCAUCAGUUUAUGGCUAUAAAGGGUGGAUUAAACUUACACCUAAUCUCCAGCUCUAAUUCAAAAUUUAAAAAUUUUGAAAUUGUAAAUUCUAAUAAUUCCCCAUUUUGCAUUUUUACUUUAUAAUUCACCAAAGAUAACAAUGUUAUUUAAAAUUUUAUAAGGUCCUCUCGUGAACAUGAUGUUCACCAAAGAAUUGUUAACAGAUAGAUGCCUCAGGAAAACUCAAACUGUGGUUAAUGCCACAUCUCCAUUUAAAGUGUAACCUCAAAAAUAUGAGGAGAAAGAUAGGGUGAAUGUAAACCUUAAUGUAACAACAUGAGUCGAAAACUUCCACACGCCACCUCUUAUAUAAUACUGAUAUGUAAUGCUAAUGCUGAUCUGUGAGAAGAACCCUAACUUCAACUGAAGUAAAAAUUGACAACUUUCUUCAUCUUAUUUCAAAACUAACAACAUUUUGAAACUUGGUCCAAAAUAAUCUCUAAAUUGGAGUCAUUUAUAAAAUAUUCAAAAAUAGUAUUUCUGUUUCUGUUCUGGACUGAGACUUAGUUAAAAUAUUUCUUUAUUUGCCUUUGACUGAUUUGUUUGCAUUUUAUUUCUAAUUGCCUUAUUUUGAAGGAAGUUUGAACUUAAACUGUAUUAAUACAGAGGGAGCAUGUUAAGAGAGGGUAGCAGUUUCAGCCAGCACAAAUUUCCAAAGAUUGGAAUAUUACGUGCAUGGAAAGAUGGAAAAGGAUAAUUUUCUCUAAGUAUUUCAAUGCUUAAUAAGACUAAUGGCUAAUGCAACAACCCCCCACUCCGUCUGUAAAGCACUUAGUCACCGCCAAGAUUGUUGUCCAUUAAAUAUAUAACAGGAGAAAGUUUCCAAUUCUACUAUAUUCAAUAAGAUUGUCUAUCCAUUUGGCAAUUGGCUGGCCAGCAAAUAUUUGCUCCAAUUUAUUCUAAUUGUUUACUGUUAGAGGCACAUCAGGAUAUAAAGGGUAAAAAUGAAAUUGACUUUUGACAAAAACACAAAUGGGCAAUAGUGAAUCUACAGUUAAUUUUUCACCACAGCUUAUUCUCUGCCAUUGACUUCAAUAGACAUCAUAUACAUGAAGGUGCCAAUUUAUUUAUGAUGACUACUUAAUUUUGCCAAAGGCAAUUUCACCCCUUUUCCAUCUUUUAAGAAUAGCCACUUUCAAGAUUAUCAAUCACUAAAUGUUUGACAGAGCUUGGAUUCAAAACCACUGGAGGAAAAAUUAGUUUUUAAAAAUACUGCCAAAUAAUCUCAGCCACAGCCCUUUUUAUUUAAAAACUAUUGGAAACAAACUUCACUAUAAAAAGUUGUAAUUUGCAUCACAGCUGAAUGGCCUGCUGGUCAAUCAAGGAAUUUUGAUAACUAGAUAAGGGCAUGAUUCACUAGAAAUUAAUAUAUUGGACCAAAGCAAUAAUGGCACAAUUUUUCACAGGAAGAACAACUUUCCCUAGUUCUUAUCCCCCUAGCAUGUGUGUUUCUUUCAGUGUAUUUCUUAUGUUUAUUUUUAUUUAUGUGUGUGACUGGGACUUUUGAAUAUAAACUGAAGAGCGGCGAAGUUUUCAUUACUCACAGUGCGCAAUUUUUCAUUGUAAUUUUUAUGAGGCUUUUAUUACCUUGGGAACAAAAUUAACCUGUUGGUUAGUUCUUGAAACUAUUGGUCUGCUUAUCUUUUUAAACAUUGCCAAACUGGAAAAGUGGAGAAGUCAGUCCACAAGUAGGUAAUUGAUGAUUUCAAUAAUGGAUCAAAAGUAGUUUCAUUAACGUUGAAUGACCAAAUCACAAAAUAAUUAACUUACAUGUGAGAAUAAAUUUUCAAAUUGCCCCUAUCUUCAGAGGCAGUUACCUGGGGUCAAUAAUGUGAUAUGACUAAUGUGACCAACCUGGAAACUGCAGACUCUCCCACAAAUGGGAUAGGAAUUGGUCCAAUGUGUGGACGAGUAGGUAGAUCAUGAUGAGUGUGCCAUCAUUCAUAUGACUGACUUUGCCAAUCCAUGACUUACUGCCCAGUUUGCAUUUCAAUCCAUUAACAGCCAGCCUAUUUAUAAUGCAAACUGGGAGGUUAAAAUACCUAUUGUAUUCAGUCUUCACUGGACAAGGCUCUUUGUUCUUGUCAUUCUAAUAUAAUGGAAACCAACUAUGUUUAUAUCCCGGGAAGUGGACCAUUCAGUUACCAUAUUCAUGCUGACUCCUCAACUGGAUCUACUUACCUGAAUUCUAUUUCUAACUUUUCUAACUUUCUUCUCUUCUAUUUCUAACUUACUUCCUUUUAAAAUUCUGUACUUAUCUAAAUGUUUCAGUGUCUGCAUCAAUCACUCUUUGUUGUGAACCACUCCCUGUUCUUUGGCAAGGUCUUUCUGUAAAGAAAACAUUUCUUUGCUUCUCCCUUGACCCAGUCCAAUCAUGGCACUGAUUCUCUGACUGCUACGUUCUCUACCAAGACACUGUAAAACUUUGAAAGUACCUCCACCAUUGCUUUCUUGGUUGUCUAUUACAGCACAGUUCAGGCCAAGAUGUUGUGCUAACCUUUCAACCUACCUAAGAUCAAUCUAACCCUUGCCUCCUACAUAGCCCUCCAUUUUUCCAGCAGCACUUGCCUAUCUAAGAGUUUCUUAAAUACCCCUAAUGGCAUCUACCGCCACCCUGGCAGGGCAUUCCACACACCCAACACUUGACCACCAGACUAGCUCAAAUCAAGAAUGCAGUGCAGCCCUAUCCAGAUCACUUUGACUAUACUCUGAAAGAAACACUGCGAAUCUGUAUACUACUACCUCCUUGCAAUCUGUGGCUAGAAAUCAGGACAUCCACUUUCGCUGCAGUUAGGAAUAAAAUUUAGUAUGGAAAAAACUUGUAUUUAAAUAUUUCUUAUAAUAAUAACCUGGAUCUCACAAGUACUUAGGAAUUAAGACCAAAAAUCCAAAGAACCAACAGAAUUUAUUUAGAAGCAAACGAAUGUUUUGAAAGCACCAAAUACAAGGAAUUCUCAAGGAUCAGGAAUUCUCUGUUGCAUCACGAUGCUCCGUGUGUUACUAAAGAUUUUUUUGAUCUUAAGUGGUCAAGAAUAUUAGCUUUAACAUGUGAAUUUCCAAAAAAAAAACUGAAAGUAGAAUGGUUUAGCACAGGGUUUUAUUUAACUGGGCCUCAGCAAGAGUCUUCACCAGCCUCCUACUGUUAAAUGAACUCAUGGGUUUCUGAAGCCUUGCUUGCCAUUCCAUCACCUUAUUAUCUUAGUUCAUUUCAAAAUGACUAAUCUGCCACUUCCCUCAUUCUAAUGUUCCUCUUGGGAUUGACGAGGAAUUUUGAAUUCAACUAAUUAUUAGAUACUGAUUUGAAUUUCAAUCUUGAUUUAGCAGCAAUGUUUGACUUUGGGUACAGAGGAGGGAGAUGAUGUGAGAUCUCAGGGUGAUUGCAUUUAUGGAAAGGAUUAACAACCAGUGUAAGUAAAAGACAUGCCCUGUUGUGUAAAUAUAUGAGCCCAAGUCAGUUUUUUAAAAGAGAAGCUGGUUCCGUGUUUUUUUAAGAGAAGCUUUGCUGUUGGGCUGUUGCCCAUCCCAUGGACUUCAGCACACAGAAGAUGCAUCUAAUGCAGUGAUAUCCCAAUUCUUGUUUCCACAUUUAUGAUAAUAAUAUGUACCUAGCUGUGGAUAAUAGAUCAAAAGGUCUAUUAUAUUACUCCCAACAUGUACCUCAGCAAAUUAAAACUUUUUUUUAAUAGUAAAAACUUUUACUAAAGAGCAGGACGCACUUGCUGAUACUAAUGUAACUUGGGGGAUAAAGUAGUUCACUUUGUGUUAAGUGUUUCUGUGUGUACUCUGUGCUUAUUUAAAUUAAUUUUGACUUCCUACAGUAGCAGGCCUCGUGACACUCGUGCUUUUGGAUUUCACGGGCAGAAUCCAUGCAAGUUGUGAGUUUAAUUGCAUUCAAUUCACACAACUAUGUUUCAGCCCAGCUCUCUGCUGGAAGUGCUUCUGAACUGAAACGAGAACCUCACUCACUGCAGGAUCUGGCUUGAUUAUUCCAACAGUUUUUCUUCAGUCUUUUUCCUUUAGCUUCAAGCGUUUAUUAAUGCAGGCCCAAAAUUAUCUGCCAGGCUGCAAAGCAAGUGCACGCAAUGCAUAGAAAUUAGCACUAAGUCAGGAGUCUCAAACAGAUCCCAGAAGAAGAUCCUUUGGGGAAUUGCAUCAAUUCAUCGGUGAGGCUUUGUUCUCAAGUAGUUAGCUGUACUCCUUAUCUACCUGUGCUGUAUACACCCGAGGAAUGAACUUUGCAUUGGGAGACAUGCACUGUGUCUGACCUGUCUGAGGAGCACUUCAUGGCAGAGCACAGUAAUGGAUCAACAUUGCACUGUGGAAAUAUAUGAAGAUACAAUGUUGUGGGAGAUUUACACAGUAUCUAACCCAAGUUAUAUCUACUCUAGGAACGUUUGAUGAGACACUGUGGUGGGAUAGCUAUUCUGUAUAUAAUACUGCACUAAGUCUAGUUCUAGAACUCCGUUAUUUUCAUUCGUUCAAUACUGUUAUUGGUAUUUUUAAAUUAAUUUUUGCCACAAGUUUUGGCAACUCAAAAUGAAACAACAGACAGAACUCUAAGCCAGACCCCAUUCUCAGCAUCCCAUUGCUUGAAAGGUGGAGGUGGGUGCUGUGCGUGUAAUUGUGGGAUGGUGCACCUACCUCUGUUUGAUGAAGGUAUCUUGCCUGACAGCACAAGUGUAUGGGCAAGCAGUAACACAGUGAGCGCCACAGGCUCUGUCCCCUCCAGCAGCCCCCAGCGCACUCCUCUGCCAGAUGCUCAAAUAGAAUGGAAGCUUUGUUUUCUGUGGAAAUGGCAAAUCCCCACAAUUAAAGCAGAGUUGGGGAGCUGGGGGAUGGGACUGGGUAGAAACCAGCCUGAAUUAAUAAAUGCUUGAAGCUGCCGGUUCACAAACCUGCAAAUGAAGCAUUGGAAUUUUCAAGGUG